AUGUGUGUGAGUGUGAUCAAGGGGUUUAAUAUCUCAACUGUUUUCAGUUCACAAGCACCUCCUCCAUCUUCUAAUACUGAUGGUCCACAAGUAGUACCUUCCAUCCCUGCUCCUACUUUGCCACAGCAAGCAACUUCUAGUACUGUCCAGGAUGAGUUCUCGGUAUGGAAUCUUCAAUCAUACCCUGCAAUGAGAAAACUAAUAUCAAGUUAUCAUCCUAACGAUCAAGACAAAGUACGAAGAGCUUACAUGAAGAUGGGUCCUUGCCAACCUAAUAAUUUUCCAUUUCCACAAAAGGUAAUGGGAAAAAAGAACAGAAGAUUCAAUGAAGCUUGUUUUUUAAAACAUGGAAGUUGGUUAGAGUAUAGCAUAUCUAAAGAUGCUGUGUUUUGCUUGCCGUGUUAUCUUUUUAGAAAUUAUGUUACGGGUAAAGGUGGCUCUGAUGCUUUUGUGAAUGCAGGUUUCUCAAAUUGGAAGCAACAAGUUGAAAAAUUAGAUAAGCAUGUAGGAUGUCAGAACAGUGCACACAAUGAUGCAUAUAUGAAAAGACGCGAGUUACUGCAGGAAACACAUCAUAUUGAGGCUAUCUAUCGUCGUCAAAAAGAACAAGAGAGUUUGAGUUACAUGAUUCGUUUGACAGCUUCAAUUUGUGUUAUUCGGUUUAUUUUAUUGCAAGGAUUAACUUUUCGUGGCCAUGAUGAAUCUGAUGCUUCACAUAAUCAAGGUAACUUUCUUGAACUUCUUCAAUACACAGCUGAACAUAAUGAUAUUAUCAAGAGUGAGGUUAUGAAAAAUUCUCCUGGUAACAACAAAUUAACUUCGCCGGAUAUCCAAAAGGAAAUAGUGAGUGCAGCUGCAAUGGAAACUAUGGAUGCGAUUUGUGAUGAUAUUGAAGAUGCUUUCUUUGUUGUUAUGGUUGACGAAUCUCGUGAUGUAUCAGUGAGAGAACAAAUGGAAGUUGUUAUACGUUAUGUCAACAAGAAAGGAUGUGUUAUUGAAAGGUUUAUUGGUAUAAUUCAUGUUCUUGAAACGACAUCAAUUUCAUUGAAGACUUCAGUGGAUGCAUUGUUUUCCAAGUACGGUUUAGAUAUAAUGAGAUUGAGGGACAAUGUUAUGAUGGUGCUAGUAAUAUGCAAGCUGGCACUUAUGCAUGUUGCUCAAAAGCAUACAGAAGUUGCAUUGUUCUUUACUAUAGCUAGUAGAGUUGUUACUAUUGUUUCUGCAACAUGCAAACAUAUGUUAGAGAUUGUCAGUCGAGAAGGUUCUAGUGAAGCGAGGGGAGAAGCAUAUGCUUAUCAGAUCUUGAUGCCUACAUUUGAUUUUGUCUUUACCUUAUUUUUGGUAAGGACUUUAUUGGGAAUCACUAACGAAUUGUCGCAAGCUUUGCAAAGAAAGGAUCAAGAUAUUGUGAAUGCUAUGAACUUGGUGAAGAUAUCUAAAUACCAACUACAGAGAAUGAGAGACGGUGGAUGGGAUGCACUUCUUAGUGAGGUUUCCAUGUUUUGUGCUAAAAAUAAUAUUAUAGUUCCUGAUAUGAUGUCUACAUAUGUACCACUAGGAAGAGGACGGCGUAAUUUAUAG